GUGGGGCGGUGCAGCGCCGCGCUCCGCCCGGCCCCGCCAUGGCCUCCGGGGCCGCUGCCGCCGCCCGCGGAGCUGCGGAGGAGCCGCCGCCGCCCGAGCCGCCCGCCGAGCAGAAGCCGCCGCCGCCGCCCGAGCCGCCCGCACAGGAGGAGUUCUCCUUCCUGCCGCUCGUCCACGACAUCAUCAAAUGCAUGGACAAGGACAGCCAGGACGUUCACCAAGUGCUGAAUGAGCUCAAGAACAAGUUCCAGGAGAUGAGGAAGCUGAUCAGCUCCAUGCCUGGCAUCAGUGUGAGCCCAGAGCAGCAGCAGCAGCAGCUGCAGAACCUGCGGGAGCAGGUCCGGACCAAAAAUGAACUGCUGCAGAAGUACAAGAGCCUGUGCAUGUUUGAAAUCCCUAAGGAGUAGGAGAGCUUCACUCUCUGGGUCUGAGAUACCUCAUUUUCUGGCUGAACAGGAGAGGAAAAAGUGGCAGAAGUUUAAUUUCUUUUCUGCUUUUUUGGUGGCAUUGCUCUGAAGGCGUGUCUGUGUGGAUCACAGGCAUGUGGCACUGAACCAGAACACUGUGUGCUUCACCUAUGAUGAUUACAGUGGCACAAUCACUUUGAUCCACUGUAAGACUAUGCAUUUAUGUAUGCAUCUCUUCUGUUUUCUCUCUGGGCGGGGUGAGGUUUUAUUCUUAUAUUCAGUCAAAGGGGAGACAUUAUGUUUUCUCCUCACUAAAGGUCAAAGUACCUGCUGGUUGACUUCAACAAGAAAAAGGGAGCAUUUUCAUUUUAAAGUGGCCCAACAUCAAAAGGGAGCCAAGAGGGAAGUGUGAGCUGUUUGGCGCUGCUCCUGGAAAGGGUCUCUGGGGCACUUUCCAGUCUGUGUGUGUUGAAAGAAGAAUGAUUGCUUUCAAUUACUUCUGUGUUUUUGUCUUUUUAAACAAGUGAUGGUUGUGUCUGAGAUAAGUCAAGUAAAGAUUUGGAAAUUCCA